AUGGCUAGUACUAAUUCUUCGCAAAACAAUCAAACACUGGAUGAGACACUGUCUGUUGCCGCUCAAGUUUUAGCCAUCGAAAAUACAAUAACCUUGAUCAUCGCUAUAAUAGUUAUUGCAAUUAAUUUUUUGGGCCUAAGUUUUGUUUUAUUUCACAAAACAUUAAGAAAUCGUGAAGUUACAUUCAUUAGCAAUAUAUUUACUUCCAGUAUUGGAACAGGAAUUAUUCAUCUAAUUCUGAUAGCCCAAUUGAAAAUAGAUAUGCUAUCUGCCUUAGCAGUGCAAAAUGCAUUUGUAGGAGCAUUUAAUUGGCAAAUCACCAUGCUAACUGUUCAUCGCUUUCUGCGAGUCUAUAUUCCAUUAAAAUAUAAACGAAUUAUGACUACUACUAUUAUCGUAUCUAUUAAUAUCAUCGCAUGGUUAAUCCCCUUUAUUGCUUCAUUCCUUCUGAUCAAAGUUUGGUAUAUCCUCGAUCAAUCGCCAAGUGGGAUUUUAGCCGUUCAGUGGUUACUAUUCUUAUUUAUGUAUUUUAUACCAUGUAUUAUUACACUCUCCCUCUAUAUGUGGAUUUUAUACCUCGUUGUUAGCUACAGCAAGACAGCAAAACAACUAACCACAACUGUACGUAAAAAUAAUCGUGCUUAUUAUCAGGUGGUAUUGAUCACUAGUUUCUAUUUGAUAUGUUGGUUACCUUUCUGUAUCUAUUACAUGAUUCGAUCAUCGAUAUUGCUACCUUCAAAAGUUAAAGAAGCCAUUCAAAUUGGUUUACGAAUAUUACCUUACAUUCACACAGCCUUGAAUCCAAUAUUUUAUACCUUAUUUACUGGUUCAUUGAAACACGAAGUUCAGCAAGCUUUAAUGAAAGGGCAACGACGAUUAACUAUUAGUAUACUACGCCGCCAACGUUAUGAUGCUAAUAUUGGAGAUUCAACUAAUACUAAAGCAUCUGCUUAUUUGGCGUCUACUGUGCGAUUUUCAAGAGGAAAAGUUAACCCUACGUAUUAA